AUGUCAGCCAAAUUAUUCAAAACCGAAUUUGCAGUAGAAAUGAAUUGCGAGUCAUGUGUAAAUGAUGUUAAAAAGGUGAUGAAGCAAUUACCAGGCGUCACUUCAUUUGACGUUGACCUUGCUGAAAAGCGAGUUGUUGUAGAGGGAACAGCCCCUCCCUCAUCCAUCUCAAAGGCACUUAAGGAGACUGGUCGCACUGUCAUUGUGCGUGGACAAGGCGUACCUGACGGCCAAGGACAUUCUGGAGCAGCUGUCUGCAUCUUUGAUUGUUAUGGCACAGAUCCUACAGCUACAUUACCCACAGGCAAAUCAGGCUUGGCUCGUUUCAUCCAAGUGGAUGACGAUACCUGUCUGAUUGAUUUAACCAUUCAGGGCCUGUCUCCUGGCAAGCACGGUGUACACAUCCACGAAGCUGGAGAUAUUUCAGAGGGAUGGCGCUCUACUGGAGACCAUUUCAACCCUACCAAUGUAGCUCAUGGCGAUGGCGUGCAUGAUGGACAUGUUGGCGAUCUGGGCAAUGUUAUUGUGGAUGAAAAUGGCUGGGGAGAUCUUGUUGUAGAAAGUUCUCGUGUCAAGGUCUGGGAUAUCAUUGGAAGAAGCAUUGUGAUAACUGAAAAGGAGGAUGACUUGAAGAACACAACUGCCGAUGGUAACAGUGGCAAUGGCAUCUUGUGUGGUAUUAUUGCUCGUAGCGCCGGUGCAUUUGAAAAUACCAAACUAGUCUGUGCAUGCUCUGGAAACACACUAUGGGAAGAAGCCCGUAUGCUCGAAGAUGAAGCUAAAUAA